CUGACCUCACCACAGGGCUUUCAUUAUGGCGGCAGUAGUUUUGUGAUGAUCAUUGCAGACGUAGUUUAUGUGAACCUGUUGCUUCUGUGAAGUGCACACUAGGGAGGACAUAACUGAAUUCAUAUAACGUGGAACUUUGAUGACCAGUGGCCUUUAAAAGAAUUACUGUUAGUCACUGCCUAAGUUAGGGACUCCAACUGUGCGUUCACUUUCAAAUGACCAAUUUUCGAUAUCAACAAAAAAUCUCAGCAAUACAACAAAGAAACAAAUAUCGUGUGAUUCAUGAACGUGGUAGAGCGAGUGAAAGACACGGUACACUGAAGAUCAAUUUGAAAGUGGAAGUAGUUGUGGUGCUGUGCCCUGUUGCCAGGGGACUUUCGCCAUGACCAAGUCCUACGACCUGAGCGGUUCCCAUGGCGACAAAAAUGUCUCUUUCUCGAGCUCCGCGGCUCUUGAGCCAGAGGCAGGCCCUGUGGCCACCAUUAAGACAACAGACCUGAGUGAGAAGACCAACGGUCACAGCCCGGACUCCCAGAAACUGGGAGACGUUGGCGGGAAAAGGGAGGCUGAGAGUGGGCAGGACGGAAAGAAGUCUGACGAUGAGGAUGUGAAAAAGCGCCCAGCGACAUUCGGGGAGUUGUUCUCGUUCGCCAACUGCUUUGACCUGUUCCUCAUUGCCAUUGGCGUGAUCGCAGCCUGUGCCCAUGGCUCCUCCUGGCCCCUGCUCUUCCUCAUCUUUGGUGACGUUACCAACGACUUCGUUGGCUUGACUUGGAGCGGGUGAGGGAGGGAAUCGGAGACAAGGUGGGUCUUUCCAUACAGUUUCUAGCCCAGUUCUUGGCCGGCUUCAUCCUAGGCUUCGCCAGAGGUUGGAAGUUGACCUUGGUUAUCAUGUCCUUGACCCCUCUUCUCGCCAUUGGGGCUGCUGUUCUGGGGAAGGUAAGAUAA